UACUUUAAACAGGUUUACUUCUAAUAUUAAACCCUUGUAAACCCCUUAUGUCCCUGCCUCCUCCUCCUGUUCUCCUCUCUCACAGUUAUCCAUUGAAUCGCAGUUGACAUUCUCCGUUGAAUCGCACUUCAAAAUACUUGUAUCCUUCAUCGAAGCACCUUCAGAGGUUAUAAAUAUUUCAGACGCCAAGUGCCACUGGUGUAUGUAUAACGCAAGAUGUCUCGAAUUAUUGUGAAGAAUUUGCCCAAAUAUGCAACUGAGGAUCGUCUUAAAGAAUUCUUUUCUGAGAAGGGUGAGGUUACUGAUGCCAAGCUCAUGCGUACCAGAGAGGGUAAGAAUAGACAGUUUGCUUUUAUUGGUUACCGAACUGAGAAAGAAGCUGAAGAGGCUAUAAAGUACUUCAACAAGUCUUUUAUGGAUACAUCAAGAAUUAUAUGCGAGGUUGCUUGGAAAGUUGGGGCUAUGGAUAUUCCUCGUCCUUGGAGUCAGUAUUCUAAGGAGAAGCAAGAGAUAAAGCCUGAGAAGAGCAGUAAAAUUCUUAGUGGAAAAACUAAGCCAGACAAGAAGAGCUCCAACUUGAGUAAUGAGAACGAUGACGCUAAACUUAAAGAGUUUCGUCAGGUUAUGCAGCCACGAAGCAAGUCGAAAAUGUGGGCAAAUGAUCUUGUAGUUCCCACUCAUGACCAAAGUGGUAAAGGUAACAAGGAGCAUGGUACGUUAAAAAAAGAUCUCAAACAGCUGAACAGGGAAGAAAAUUCUGGAAGGGAAGUUGAGAUGCCUGAUGAAAAUCAAGUGCUCGGAGGGGAUGAUGAAGACUCAGAUACAGAUUACUUUAAAAGUAGGGUAACAAAAGAAUGGUCAGAUUCAGAAAGUGAUGGGGAUGGUGAAAACGAGUUUAAUCUAGAUCCAUCUGAAGGUAAUUUGGAUAAGAAGGAUUUUAAUGAAGAGGAUAUUGACGAAAGUGAUUUUGAAGAAUCUAAUGUGAACCCUGGAAAUGUGUCAUCUAACUCUGAAGACACUAAUGAAGUGCUUCAGUCUGGUCGCCUUUUUGUCCGCAAUCUUCCCUACGCUGCAACUGAGGAUGAGCUGGCGGAGCUCUUCAGUAAAUUUGGAAACAUUUCAGAGGUCCAUCUUGUGAUUGAUAAAGAGACUAAGCGGUCCAAGGGUUUUGCCUAUGUUCACUAUAGAGCUCCAGAAGAUGCUCUCAGGGCUUUAGAGGAGCUAGAUCAUUCAAUAUUUCAAGGUAGAUUAUUGCAUAUUAUGCCAGCAAAAGCAAAAGAUCUGUCAUCUAAUCAAGGAAAUCUUUUCACGGAGGGGAAAACCAAAACACUGAAGGAGCGGAGGGUGGAAGAGAAAAAGGCAUCAGAAGCUGAUGGCAAUACUCAAGCUUGGAACAGCUUGUUUAUGCGUGCUGACACUAUUGUAGAAAAUAUUGCUAGGAGAUUUGGAAUCAGUAAAAGUGACUUUUUAGAUCGUGAAGCUGAUGAUCUUGCAGUACGCAUUGCUCUUGGAGAAACUCAAAUCAUUGCUGAGACUAAAAAGGCUUUGACAAACGCUGGAGUAAAUGUGGCUUCCUUGGAAGAACUUGCUACCAGGACAACUGAAGGUGUAAAGAGAAGUAACCAUGUAUUACUUGUAAAGAACUUGCCUUACAGCUCAACUGAAAGUGAACUUUCAAAAAUGUUUGGCAAGUUUGGUAGCAUUGAUAAAAUUAUACUUCCUCCAACCAGAACAUUGGCCUUGGUAAUCUUUCUUGAACCAGCUGAUGCCCGUGCUGCUUGCAGAGGCCUGGCAUACAAGCGUUAUAAAGAUGCUCCACUGUAUUUGGAAUGGGCUCCCGGUAAUAUUCUUAGUCAAGAUUUGGACAUUGACAAGAGUAAUAUGAUUGUUGGUGAACAAGAAGCUAAGAAGGUUUCACUUGAACAUCAAAUUAAGGAGAUAUCUCAAGAUGAACUGGAUCCUGAUCGUGUUGAGUCGCGUUCUCUUUUUGUGAAGAGCUUGAAUUUUAAGACAGCUGAUGAAACUUUGAGGAAGCAUUUCAGUGAAAACAUGAAAGAAGGGAGAGUUCUAAGCGUCAAAAUAAAAAAGCACUUGAAAAAUGGGAAGAAUGUUUCAAAGGGAUUUGGGUUUGUAGAAUUUGAUUCUGUGGAGACAGCAACAAAUGUAUGCAGGGAUUUACAGGGAACUGUGCUGGAUGGACAUGCUUUAAUUUUGGAACUUUGCCACGCUAAGAAGGAUGAAAAAGUUCUGAAGAAAUCUGGAAAUGAUCAAAGCUCAACAAAAAUAAUAGUAAGAAAUGUAGCAUUUGAGGCAACAGAAAAGGAUCUCAGACAGUUGUUCAGUCCGUUUGGUCAGAUAAAGACCCUGAGGCUUCCAAUGAGAUUUGGGAAACACAGGGGUUUUGCAUUUAUCAAAUUUGUCACCAAGCAAGAAGCUCAAAAUGCUCUCAAUGCUCUAUCGAGUACUCAUUUGUAUGGGAGACACCUGGUCCUAGAAAGAGCAAAAGAAGGAGAAACUUUGGAAGAACUUAGGGCUCGAACUGCUGCUCAGUUUGCUAAUGAUGAAGAAGGGUUCCAAAAUCCUACCAAAAUCUCAAAAAAAAGAAAAAUUACAGCUCUUGCUGAUUAGUGAAGAUGAUUUUUUUUCCCCUCUUGUAAGCCUCUAAUUUUUGUUUAUCUUCUUUGAAUAGCCUAAGUGAGCUUGCUAUGGUUUUGUUUAAUUUUUGGUAUCUCAUUUAUUUAUAGAUUAAAUUUUCAGGUAUGAUAUCUAAUCUAAUCUAAUAAACUUAAAGCACAACCAAAUACUCCAUCCGAUCUUUUUUAUUUGACAUAUCUUGACCUUUUGCACUA